AUGCCUUCUUUCACAAAUAAAGAAAAAGUCCACAACAGAAAAGAUUAUAAAAGGAUGAUCAGAAUGGGAUACCUCAAUUCCAACAUCAUUAUAAAUCUUGUUAUUUUUUUUUUAGAACAACAAUACAUCAAAAAACUACUAAACUACAAAACAACGAUGCCUUUCGUCAAAGAUUUUACUCCAGUCGCCCUAGGUGACACCAAUUUAUUCAAGCCAAUUAAGAUUGGUAACAACAAAUUACAACAUCGUGUUGUUCUACCACCUUUGACCAGAAUGAGGGCCACUCACCCUGGUAAUGUUCCAAACAAGGACUGGGCUGUCGAAUACUACAACCAACGUUCUCAAAGACCUGGUACUAUGCUUAUCACUGAAGGUGCCUUCGUCUGUGCUCAAGCCGGUGGGUACGAUAACGCUCCAGGUAUCUGGUCCGAUGAACAGGUGGAACAAUGGAAGAAGAUUUUCGCCAAGAUCCACGAAAACAAAUCUUUUGUCUGGGUUCAAUUAUGGGCUCUAGGUAGACAAUCUUAUGCUGAUACUUUAGCCCGUGACGGUUUACGUUAUUACUCUGCCUCUGACAAUGUCUACAUGGAUGCUGAGCAAGAAGAAAGAGCCAAGAAGUCUAACAACCCACAACACGGUCUAACCAAGAAAGAGAUUAAGGAAUACAUCAAGUGUUAUGUCCAAGCUGCUAAGAACUCCAUUGCUGCUGGUGCCAAUGGUGUGGAAAUUCACAGUGCUAACGGUUACCUUUUGAAUCAAUUUUUGGACCCAAUCUCUAACAAGAGAACAGAUGAAUAUGGCGGGUCCAUUGAAAAUAGAGCUCGUUUCACUUUAGAAGUUGUCGAUGCUCUUGUGGAUGCCAUUGGUGAAGAGAAGGUUGGUGUUAGAUUCUCUCCAUACGGUAUUUUCGGUACCAUGUCUGGUGGUGCUGACCCAACUUUAUUAGCUCAAUAUGCUUACAUUUUAGGUGAAUUGGAAAAGAGAGCCAAGGCUGGUAAGCGUUUAGCUUUUGUUCAUUUGGUGGAACCACGUGUUACUGACCCAUUCUUAACUGAAGGUCAAGGUGAAUACACUGACGGUACUAAUGAUUUCGCUUACUCCAUCUGGAAGGGUGUUAUUAUCAGGGCAGGUAACUUGGCUUUACAUCCAGAAUCUGUGAAGCAAAUGGUUGCUGAUGACAGAACUUUGAUCGGUUACGGUAGAUUCUUUAUUGCUAACCCAGAUAUUGUUGACAGAGUAGAAAAGGGUCAACAAUUCAACAAGUAUGAUAGAGAUACUUUCUACGCUAUGACCGCUCACGGUUACACUGAUUAUCCAACUUAUGAUGAAGCUAUCAAGUUGGGUUGGGACAAACAAUAA